AUGGACCAAUCCAACAAGACCCACCGUAAGCCAAAGGAGAAGAAGAAAUUCACAGGACAGAACCCGAAAGCGUUUGCCUUUGCGAACCCCGGAAAACUUCAGAAGCAGGCAACAAGGUCUCACGAUGUCAGAGAAAAACGACUACAUGUCCCAAUGGUGGAUCGACUCCCGGAGGAGCCACCACCAUUAAUCGUCGCGGUCGUCGGUCCUCCGGGCGUGGGCAAAACUACCUUGGUAAAGUCACUGGUGAAACGGUACACCAAGCAUACACUGUCCUCGAUCCAAGGGCCUAUCACCGUCGUCACAAGCAAGAAGCGUCGUUUAACGUUCCUGGAAUGCGACAAUUCACUCACUUCCAUGAUUGACAUAUCGAAGAUUGCAGAUAUUGUCCUGCUGCUGAUUGACGGGAACUUUGGCUUCGAGAUGGAGACUAUGGAGUUCUUGAAUGUCAUUGCUACGCAUGGGUUGCCGUCUAAUAUCUUUGGUAUCCUUACACAUUUGGACCUGUUCAGGUCACAGUCGCUACUGCGGACCACGAAGAAGCGACUGAAGCAUAGAUUCUGGUCAGAGUUGUAUCAGGGCGCUAAGCUGUUCUACCUGUCCGGGGUGAUUAACGGGCGGUACCCUGAUAGGGAAAUACAUAAUUUGAGCAGGUUUAUCUCUGUUAUGAAGAACCCGCGGCCGUUGGUGUGGAGGAAUUCACAUUAUUACAUGUUGGCGGAUAGGAUGGUUGAUUUGACGGAACCUGUAGCGAUAGAGGACGAUCCAAAGGCUGACCGGAAGGUUGCGUUGUAUGGGUAUGUUCGCGGCCUGAGUUUUCCGAAUGAAGGGGCUCGAGUACAUAUUCCGGGAGUUGGAGACUUGUCGGUCUCUAGUGUCGAAUCACUACCAGACCCCUGUCCUACCCCUGCGAGAACUGCUUCGGAGGGGAAAGGCAGGAAGAGGUUAGGCGAGAAGCAGAAGCUUAUCUAUGCUCCUAUGAGUGAUGUUGGUGGUGUCUUGGUCGAUAAGGAUGCUGUAUAUAUCGAUGUCCCUUCGCAGAAUUUCGAGGAAGGGGUGGAGGCGCAGGGAGUGGGGGAGAGACUAGUCAUUGGAUUGCAAAAGGGCAGGCGAGGAGAGGUAGAUGGUGUCAGGCUUUUCACAGGCGGUGAGGUACUGAAGCAAGUUCAAGAUGAUGGUGAGGAGAAUGGAGAUGUUGGCCGAAAACACAAGAGAAGUGUCAGAGCUCUACAGUCAAGCAAAGAAGACACAGGCGUAGAAGGUUACAGCGACGAAGACGAGGACGAGGAGAUGGGCGAUGCAGACAUUGCAUCUGGGAGCGAAGACGAUGAUGCGAGCGACAACGGAGGUAUCACAUUAAAAUCCUUUAAACUCGGAAAAGCUCUACGAGGGGAUCAAGAUCAAGGGGACGCCGGGGACGACAUUACUUUUGCCGAAAGCGACUCGGAUCUCGGAUCAGUCUCGGUGGUUUCAGAUCAAGAGUUCGACGAGGACGAUCUUCCGUCCGACGAGGAUGAGGACGAUGACGAUGUCCCUCGUUGGAAGCAGGACCUCUCAGACAACGCAAAACAACUAUGGACGAAGUCACAUCGCACAGUCAACCUCAGUAAACUGAUAUACGACGAAUCCCUUACUCCCACUGAAGUUAUUCAAAAAUGGCGAGGCAUGCAGGGGCAAAAAUCGCAGGAGAAGCCCAAAAAUACCAGUGACGGGAGCGAUAGUGAGGAAGAUUUCUUUAAGAAGGUCGAGGAGGAGGUUGAUGAUGAGCAUGAUAGCAAGCCUCCUUCCAAGAAGAUUGCGGACCGGGGUUUACCAGUUUAUGAUAUGGAGAAAUUAGAAAACUACUGGAGUGAAGAGUUCGCGCUGGAGGACCUGAGAAGACGGUUUAUCACUGCGAACUUACUGGAAGAGAAAGAGCGGGCUGAAGGGGAAGAUGGCGAGUUUGCCGGUAUCGAUGAUAGUGGUGAUGAGGGAGAUGGUGCCUUCGAGGACUUAGAAACCGGGGAAGUCCAUGGUGGGGGUGUAGAUGAGGGCGGCAGGAAUGAGAGUAAAGAGGAUGGCGAGGAAACUUCGCUGGAGAAAGAGCGUGAGAAGAACGCCCGAAGGAAGGAGGAGCUCAGACUUCGAUUUGAGGAGGAGGACCGGGAGGGUGUCAACAACGACAGGACCGGCGGUGGCAGAGAUGGUGGGGGAUUUGGGGAAGAUGAUUGGUACGAUGCUCAAAAGGCGAAAUUUGCGAAGCAACUGGCAGUCAACCAAUCUGAGUUUGAGCAAUUGGACGAUGCCACUCGAGUCAAGGUUGAAGGCCACAGAGCCGGAACAUAUGCUCGAGUGGUCCUUUCAAACGUCCCAUACGAGUUUGUCGCUCACUUUGACCCAAAGUACCCUAUCCUUGUCGGUGGCCUCACCGCCACUGAAGACCGCUUCGGCUUUCUGCAAGUCCGAAUCAAACGGCACAGAUGGCACAAAAAGAUCCUCAAAACCAACGAUCCACUAAUCUUCUCUCUGGGCUGGCGUCGAUUCCAAAGCAUCCCCAUCUACUCAACCUCCGACUCCCGAACCCGGAACCGGAUGCUGAAGUAUACCCCAGAGCACAUGCACUGUUUUGGCACCUUCUACGGUCCGUUGAUCGCUCCAAACACAGGUUUCUGUGCUGUCCAAUGUCUCUCCUCCAAAAACCCUGGCUUCCGCGUCUCCGCAACUGGCGUCGUCCUAUCCGUCGAUCAAUCCACCGAAAUUGUCAAAAAGCUAAAGCUGACAGGCACACCUUACAAGAUUUUUAAAAACACCGCCUUCAUAAAAGACAUGUUUAACUCCUCCCUUGAAGUCGCCAAGUUCGAGGGUGCUAGUAUAAGGACUGUAUCGGGAGUCCGCGGCCAGAUUAAGCGAGCGCUAGCAAACGCAAAACAAGACGGACACUUCCGCGCAACCUUUGAAGACAAAGUCCUCAUGAGCGACAUCAUCUUCCUUCGGGCGUGGUAUCCAAUCAAGCCGCGAAAGUUCUACAACCCUGUAACAAACCUCCUAGCAGAUACCACGCUCCCGGACGCCCCAGCCUGGAACGGCAUGCGCACAACCGGCGAGGUCCGCCGCGAGCUCAACAUCAAAACCCCCACGAUUGCCGACUCGACGUACAAACCCAUCGAGCGCUCCACUCGCCGUUUCAAUCCACUACGCGUGCCAAAGGCUAUACAAAAAGACCUCCCCUUUGCCUCCCAAAUUCACCAGAUGAAGCCGAGGAAGAGGGCUACAUACUUGGCCUCUCGCGCGGUGGUGGUGAGCAGUGAGGAGAGAAAGGCCCGGGACCUUGUGAACAAGAUUGCCACGCUGAAGAAGGAGAAGGAGGCGAAGCGGCGCGAGGCGAAGGAGAAGAAGAGAGAGGUGUACAGGAAGAAGGUGGCGGAGAAUACGGAGAUGAAGGCCGCGAGAGAAAAGAGGGAACGGGACGAGUACUGGGCAAAAGAGGGGAAGAAGAGGAGGAACACCGAGAAUGCUGGAGGUGGCGGGAGGGGGAAGAGGAGGAGGGGUGGAGGUGAUUAGAGGGGCUGAAGGUGUGCAUGUAUGAUACUGGUGAUGGGGAUUGGCAGUGUGUAGAUAGUUUAAAAAAGCUGGUCUAUAGUUUGAUAAUGCA